AUGCCCAUGAUCACAAGGAUGUUGAAACCGAUCCUUGGGAAUCGAGUUGCUGGCAUGGGACAACACCAGUGGUGGGUGGUGAUCCGCACUGCCAUUGGCUGGGCGGUUUUGCUCUAUGGAAUUUGGAUGUGGACUUGGUGGCUUCCAUCUCUUUAUUUUCGUAUGUAUGAUGCCUAUGAGAAGGAGAACAUUGAUGGCCGCACCUUCAAGCAGUACCUCACCUAUCAUUUCAACUAUUGGAUGGCCUCAGGUGGGAUCUCUGCGAUGUUUCAACUUCUGGUCAUUGGCAUCCUGACACUGUUGACCUUGGGUGCUUUCAUUUAUGCCAUCAUGAUGCAGGACUCUCCAGUGCGCGGUCUGUGGCUGUGCACCGUUUGGGCUUCUGCUGCCUCUGUGGAUCCUGCAGUGACGGCAAUGGAAGGUGGUGUGGGAAUGAUUGCUACGUUCGGUGGACUGGUGCUGCUGGCCGUUCUGCUGACCACUAUUUCGGACUUCUUUGCCGAGCAGCAGCGGAAGUCCAACGAGGGCAGGGAUCCCAUCGUGGAGGGUGGGCACCUGGUGUUGCUGGGCCUCUCAUCGCAGACCAAGCAGUUCUUGGAGGAGUUGGCGAUUUGUGAGGCAAACAAUGCUCCAAAGACCGUGGCCAUUCUUGACACCAUGCCGAAGUCGGAGAUUGAAGAGGAGAUAAAGAGACAAAAUACCAAGACAGGUGACUUGAAGAUUGUUUGCCGAAAUGGUUUGCCGUCUUCGGCUGCAGACCUCUGGAAGGUUGGCGCAGAUGUGUGCAGCAGGAUUGUGAUCCUGGACGAGCCUUCGCUGCCGCGUGACGAGGCAGAUGCCAUCACGUUCGGCACCCUCUUGACGCUGCGAGGUCAGGGCAACUGCGGCUGGCCGCAUGGUGGGCAUAUUGCAGUUCAGUGUUGCCUUGGGAAAAAUGUGACCUUCAUGAACAACCUUUAUCCUGGCAAGACCUUUGUCCUGAGCGGUGAGCGUUUGGGCCGUCUCAUGGUUCAGAGUGCACAAGAUCAGGGCCUGUGCCCCAUCUUCAACGCCAUCAUUGGAUUUGAAGGUGAUGAGUUCUACAGCUCCAAAGCCGGCGAUCUGGGCCUGGCUGGAAAGUCAUUUCAGGAAGCGCCUUUCUGGUGUGAGCAUACCGUUCCCAUUGGAAUCCGCGACAGUAGCGGAACCUAUCACAUCAACCCCGAAAAAUCCUACAAGAUGAAGAAGGACGACGAAGUCAUUCUGCUGGCAGAGGACGAUGAUGCAUUGGUGCCACUGUCAAAGCCAAUGAUGGACUUCGAAGCCUGGAAGAUGAAGUUUGGUUCGGCAAAAUUCGAGGAAGCGGACCCUAACGACAACGAAGUGGUGCGCGUGCUAAUUUGCAACUUCACCGAAAGAGGCUAUGGUUGUGCCAUCCUCUUCGCCCUUGAUGAGAUGUGUGGUGCCGGAUCAGAGUGCGACAUCUUCUGCUCUCUUUCUGAGGAGGACGUGAUGUCCAUCAUCAAAAAUGCUGAAGAGGAGACCGAGCGUUGCUUGAAGAACCUCAAGGUGAAGCACAUCCACACUGUGCCUCAGCACCAGAUGACCUCCCGGCACAAGAUCAACAUUCUGCAGUUGAAGGAAUACCACUUCCAAUUUGUCCUCGCUGAUGCGGCCCUUGGAUUUCAGAAGGCAGACGAGCAAACUGUUGCAAUGAUCAUCCAGAUGAAGACCUUGCUGCAGGAGAGCUCGCCUGAUGUGAAAUUUGAGCCGCUGGUGGAAGUUUGCACUCCAAACGCGACGCUGCAGCUGGAGCUGUGUGGCAUCAAGAAUACCAUCAAUACCAUCUCAAUGAUGUCGAAAGCCAUGGCGCUUGUGGCAAUUGACACAUUGGCGCACGGAGUGCUUUCUGAUUUGUUGUCGGCGACGGGCAACAACAUGGACAUCACGUUCUUGCAAGACUACCUGGGCAAGCAGCCGCUUCCCACACAGAUCACCUUUGUGGAGGUGGCUGCCAUGGUGAAUCGUGCCGCUCAACAGGUGGUCAUUGGCUGGUCAGAGAGGAACGAGGAGGGCGAGCAGGUGUGGGUGGUGAAUCCAAAGAACAAGGUGCAACCACGUGCGUGGACAGCCGAAGACAAGAUCGUCGUGAUCAAGGACGUGUGA